AGUGAUAAGAUUUAAUAACAACAACAACAAGGCAUACACGAAAAGAUGUCAAUAGACUGAAAACAAAGAGAGAACAUGUUGAGAAUUAUAAGCGUGUGCCUGAUAUUUGUACUCGUGCUGCCGCAAUUAAAUGCGAAAAAGGUGCGAAUCGAUGAGUUGACCAAGGGCUGGUCCCUGAAGGAGGCCAAUUCCACAAUCCAAUUUAGCGUGGCCAAAAUACCAUCCGGCGUCUAUACGGCUCUCGCGGAGGAGCACGGAGAUCUGCUGGACGCGGGCAACGAUAUCAACCUGCGCUGGAUUGCCAACAGGACGUGGAUCUACAGCACCGAUUUUGAAAUAGCUGACGAAUUGGGUCUGGACAGCUUGGUGAAUCUGACCUUCCAUGGCAUCGAUACGAUCGCCAAGAUCUGGUUGAAUGGCGAACUCUUGGGUGAGACCGACAACAUGUUCGUCCGGUACUCCUAUGCGGUCGGCCAUUUGGUGCGCUUCAGUCCACUUAAGAAUCAGCUCGAGGUGGAGAUACUCUCGCCCCUGGAGGAGGCGAAUGCGCGUGCCCAGCAGCUGGAGGCGAAGGGCAACAGCGCUCCGCCCAGCUGCCCCUCAUCACGCGGCGAUGUUGUCUGUCAUCACAACAUGUUGCGCAAGAUGCAGAUGAGCUUCGGCGGCGAAUGGAAUCCUGUGGCACUGUCAUCCGGCCUCUGGAAGCCAGUUACCCUGGAAUACUAUACGGCCGCGAUACUACGAGAUGUAGACGUGGCCAUCAAUCGCAAUGAUACCCAUUGGACAAUGGACUGUCGUGCCUUUCUCAACACACCCGACUCGGAGAGUUUCUAUGCGCAGCUUGUGGUCUAUGCCAGCGAACUAUUGGAUGAGCCGUUUGUCGUGGAGCAAAAGCAGCUGAGCCAUGCCUCAGCCACGCUGGAGUUUCAGGUGCACAUACCCAAAGCGCGAGUCAAGCUCUGGUGGCCAAAUGGAUAUGGGGCACAGCAGCUGUAUCCCGUGCUCUUCAGCCUGAAGAGCUAUCGCAACGAGACGGGGCCCGAGUUGAGCUCGCGCACGGAUUCGCAGAAGCUGCUGCACAUUGGCUUUCGCACCAUCGAGCUGGUGGAGGACAAGGAUGAGCGUGGUCGAACCUUUUAUUUCCGUGUCAACGGACAUCCGAUCUUCAUGAAGGGCGCCAACUAUGUGCCGGCUCACACCUUGCCCGAGUUGUCUGCGGAUUCGGACACGAUUAAACAUCUGUUGAAGUCCGCCCAGAGAGCCAACAUGAAUAUGAUUCGGGUCUGGGGCGGCGGGCUCUAUGAGUCGGACACCUUCUACAGCCUGGCGGACUCUUAUGGCCUGCUGGUGUGGCAGGACAUGACCUUCACGAAGGCCACCUAUCCCAUUGAUGAGGAGCGCAUGGCCUCCAUGCGUCUGGAGGCGGUGCAGAACGCCCAACGACUCGCCUAUCAUGCCAGCCUGGCCCUGAUUGUGACCAACAACGAGAUCGAGUUGUAUCUGGUGAAGAAUCGCACGGACUUUGGCACGGAUGCCAAGCGCCUGGAGGACGAAUAUAAGCUGCUCUUUGUGGGCAAUCUGUGUGCGGAGCUAAACAUAAUCUCUCGGAAUGACUUUAGCCCGCGUCCAGGUCCCAUGAUUUCCACGCCCUCCCUGGGCAUAACAGAGUCCGGCAAAGAGCUGGCCAAGGAUCCACAGAGUCCGGACUUUGGCGACGUUCACAUCUACGAGGACGAAAGGGACGCCCUCUCGCAGAGCAGCUACCCGCAGGCUCGUUUCAUCUCCGAGUUCGGCUCUAGCAGUCUGCCCAUGCGCUCCUCCUGGCUGCGUCUGCUGGGCACUGACACGAGCGAGGAGUCCCUGGCGGCACUUAUACGCCAGCGCCAGCAUAAUUCCAAGGGCUUUAUACCUCUAUUACGGCAAAUAGCCUACCAGCUGCCGUUUACGCUGCAGAACUGGGAGGACAACAUCGACGAGUUCAUCUACUUCAGCCAGGUAUCGCAGGCCAUGUCCACCAAAAUGGCCAUUGAUUUGUUCCGGAGCCGGCGUGGAUAUUACCAGACCAUGGGCGCACUCAUCUGGCAGCUGAACGACGUGUGGGUGGCGCCCACCUGGUCCUGCAUCGAUUUCCAUGGCAACUACAAGCUGGUCUACUACUGGGCCAGGGAUUUCCUGGCGCCCAUCAAUAUCAUUGCGCUCUACAACGAAUCCAACGAUCAGCUCAAUAUAACUGUCACGCGCGAGGACUAUAUGGAAACUGCCGAUAUGCAGCUCUAUAACAUAUUCAUCAAAACGUUUCUAUGGAAUGAUAUCUUCUCCAAGAAAGUCAUCGCGAGAGCCAUUGGCCUGCGCGAAAGUUCCAUAGACCAGCUGAACAUACCCCUGGACUCCGUCUUGUACGAGGCGCAUGCCAAGCAGGAAAUCUUUCUGGAAAUUCUUCUAAAGGAUCAAGAUGAUCAGGUUGUUGCACAAAACUAUUUCUAUCCCGUGCCCAUUAAGCACAUUGUUGGCAUGAAGGAUCCCGAACUCAGGCUCGAGGUGGUGGGCAUCGACUGCAGCACCACAUCCUCGCCCUAUGCCAAUAGCUUCAGUGUCCGGAUUACGAUUAAGUAUCCCGCUCUGUUUGUCUACUUGGAGCUGACGGAUCCGGAGUAUGCCAAUCAAAGGCACACCUUCUCCAUGAAUGGCUUCACCCAGACUGUGCCGCGGCAAAAUGUCUACUUGGAGUUCGAAAACGAUUCGACUUGCCUCAAACUCACAUCCGAGCAUAUCGGCGUAAAGACCAUGAAUCAGUAUAUGCUUUGAGUUAAUAAAUGACAAAAUACAUAU